AUGGUCCCUGCAGUUAUCCUGUGGGCUGAGCUUCUUCUGUCCUUUCCUCUUCUUACUAGCCCAGCAUGUUUUCUGGGCAAAGAAGCAGACUGUCAUGAUGCUGAGUUUGCACCAGGAUCUGAUUUGGCUGGGGAGGGCUUUGACAUAACUAAGAUGCAACGCCUGGGGGCUUUUGUCAUUGACAUGAGUAAAUGGGAGAUCACGAACAACACAUGUAACCUGUGCAAAAACCCUUUUAUGCAGGGCAAAAAGCAGAAGCUCCCAAUAUCAGUGGUUGACUGGAGAGCAUCCCAAAAGUGCAGCAUGUCAUUGUCCAGCUCUGUUUAUGAGUCCAGUGAGUCACUAGUCAGUUCCAGUGCCUCCUCUAUAGAGAACAACUGGAAGAUCGGCCUGGGACUAGGUAAAAUGUUUAUGAAGGGGUCACUGAUGUUGGCUGGAACUAACUCCAGACUGGCUGAGUAUUCCAUGGCAAAGACCAAAAAGGACAAGUUCAGCUUCGUCAAGCAGUCUGUGUCCUGUACGUACUACAGCUACAGGAUUUCCAGUCGCUCUCCAGUUCAUCAAGAAUUGAGUCAUGAAUUCUCAAACCUUCCAGAGGUAUAUGACAACCAAACAAAGGAAAGCUACUUUUCACUUGUUGAAAGGUUUGGCACACAUUACAUUACCAAGGUGAAAAUAGGUGGAGCUGUGAAAUCUGUGACCAGUGUCAAACAAUGCAUGGCUACUCUUAAGGACCUUAGUACAGAUGAGGUCAAAACAUGUCUUGACGUAGAGGCAUCUGCAAGUGUAGGACAAAAUAGUGUUGACACAGCAUUCCAACACUGUAAACAGACCAGAGACAAGAAACUGAACAAGGACAGUUUUUCUCACAGUUUCAGUGACAGGUUAACUGAAGUCAUUGGUGGCCAUACUCAAGACACUGCACUUCUCUUCUCAGCCAGCAAUGACCCUGGCGCCUUCAAACAGUGGCUGUCCUCUGUGCCAGAAAAACCAGAUGUGAUUUCCUUUUCAUUAAAGCCCCUUUAUAAGUUGCUGCCAGUCAAAAACCCUAAAAGUCAACAAUUACUCAGAGCCAUUCAUGACUACAUAUUGCAGAGAGCCCUUGUGAGGAACUGCUCUAAACCAUGCAAGACUGGUAUUGCAACUAACCCCAAGGAACCUUGUGUGUGCAGCUGUCAUAACAACCCUGGUAUAAAAGCUAACUGCUGUCCUGCACAAAUUGGACUUGCUCAGAUUAUUGUAACUGUAGUGAAGGCAACAGGUCUAUGGGGAGAUUACUUUUCACAGACUGAUGGAUAUGUCAAAGUCUUUAGAAAUCACAAAUUCUUUUUAGGGAUGACACCAGUGAUUUGGAACCGAAACUCACCAACCUGGAACUGGUCCUUUAAUCUUGGCAACUAUGUUCUCUCUACAUUUGGUGGUCUGAAACUAGAGGUAUGGGAUAGGGACAACAAAUGGGAUGACGACCUACUGGGAGCAUGCAUACUGAAACUGAAAUCUGGUGUAAAAAAUGACUUUUGUGGACUCAACCAUGGUACGCUGUACUAUAAAACAGCUGUAACUUGUGCUCCUGGCUUAGCAGGCCCUUUAUGCUCUGAGUAUGUGGGAUCUCCAAUGUCAUCUCAUCUAGAGAAGAUAUAUGUGUCAAGACAUGCCCGGCCUGUCCCAAAAGAUAUGCUGGUGAAAAAGGGAGUGCUUUUAAGUGAGCGGCGCUUCAUGUUCAGUCAGACCAAAGAUGCUAAAAGUAAAGCAUCAAUUUUGUGA